CAACUGGAAAUAGGAACUGGUUUAAUUUGUAAAACAAACAAAACCCACCGGUCAAUCCCUGAAUCCCUGAAUCCCUGAAGAAAUACAACUUCAUGUCUUCAUGCAAUCGAGCUCUGACAAAAUUUACCAGGUUUGCCAUUCAUCGCCGAUAAUUAUCCGAUUCCCGGCGAUCCGAAUGGUCUGUUCCCGAGAUAAAACACCGCAAGAAUCCGUGUCUUCUUAGAGCUGUAAUCGUUCUUUGUAGGGUCAUCUGUAAACCCUAUAUACCUCUGAAAAUUCUCCGGUAAGACUGAAUCUCAUACAUUCAUCCUUUUCCCCAAUAAAUUGGGUAUAAUUAAGCUUCCUUCAGCAUUUGUUCCGAAUAUUCCGUUUUCCUCUUUCAAAUACUUGAUUUUCCGACAUGAAUCGAAACCCUAGUCCCGAGGAAUACUUGUGUUAGGGUUUCGAUCAUCCGCUCUGUUGCUCAUUCUUAAAGGUGUAAAGAUAAUACUAGAAUGAUGCAGUUUGUGAAUAAUCUAGGUAGCAUACGUCUCCGGUUUCGUGAAAUUCUCAAUGCUACAUUUACCCUGGUUUUUAUAGCCCUCUUUUACACUCAGUUCAAUAUAUCGAAGAAAGUUCCAUUUCGCGAUGCUCAAUGGAGUUCAAGAGGUAGGUCUACGAUUGAACUAAAUGCAAACUCAUCAGCUCUAACAAAUACUAGCCCUGGAAUCUGUACUGGAUUGGUGGAUCAUCAGGGUUAUCCAAGCAGCUGUGAGUUCUUAAAAGCGAAUCCAGAUUGCUCAUCUGAUGGACUUUUUGACUACUUAAGCUUCUACUAUUGCGACUGCAAUGAAGGUGCAUUCGGUGCUAUACUUUUGGUUCUAUGGCUCAUAGCAUUGUUCUACCUUUUGGGUAACACAGCAGCAGAUUACUUCUGUUUCUCCUUACAAAAGCUUUCAAGUCUCUUGAAUUUAUCUCCAACUGUUGCUGGGGUUACUCUUCUUCCUCUUGGUAAUGGAGCCCCUGAUGUAUUUGCAAGUAUUGCAGCUUUUGUGGGACGUGACAAUGGUGAAGUGGGUCUCAACAGUGUAUUAGGAGGUGCAGUAUUUGUCACUUCCAUUGUUGUUGGAAUCGUCUCUCUUUGUGUAGCAGAUCAACAAGUCCAAAUUGACAAAAAAGCAUUUCUCAGAGACAUUGGGUUCUUCCUCUUCACACUACUCUUCCUUUUCUUGAUUCUAAUCAUUGGUAAAGUUACAGUCUUUGCUGCAAUCGCAUUCGUCUCCAUAUACAUAAUAUACGCUGUUUUCAUCGCCACAAAUGAAAUCCUUAAAAAACAUGUUCAGAGGCUAAAAUUGGAUUCUGUCACACCAUUGCUUCCACUUAGUAUCUUUUCAAGAUCGAAUCAAGAUGAUGACAUACAAAGUUCUUUACUUGAUGCUGAAACGGAUUUCAAUGGUCCACAGUUACCCAAUUCUUUACCCGAAUGGAUGUGGGCUUCCAAUGUUGCAAUAUAUUCAAAUCAAGAAAGACAUUUAUGGGGAUGGCAUGAUGAUGCCAUCGAGGUUGAUCAACCAUGGUUCUCUUUAACUAACAUAUGGUCACUUCUCAACUUCCCGUUGACUUUUCCAAGAAGGUUGACCAUUCCAUUACUCGAAGAGGAAACAUGGUCAAAACCAUAUGCAGUUGCAAGUGCCUCAUUGUCCCCUAUUCUUCUUUCUUUCAUAUACAACACCCAAGAGAGUUUAACUUCUCGAAGCAAGAAUGUUGUUUACAUUCUUGGAGUAAUUGUCGGUUUUACCCUUGGUAUGUUAUCAUAUCUCUACACAAGGCCAGAUCAUCCGCCACGUAGGUACCAAUUCCCAUGGGUUUUGGGUGGGUUUCUUAUGAGUAUAGUUUGGUUCUACUUGAUUGCAAACGAAUUAGUCGCGUUAUUAGUUGGAUUUGGUGUGUUUUUACAAGUGAACCCUUCAAUUCUUGGACUUACAGUAUUAGCUUGGGGGAACUCAAUGGGGGAUUUGGUGUCAAAUGUUGCAUUGGCUUUAGAUGGUGGGGAUGGAAUUCAGAUUGCUUUAUCGGGUUGCUAUGCGGGUCCCAUGUUCAAUACACUUGCGGGUUUGGGAGUUUCAUUGUUGAUUGGGGCGUGGUCUGCAAAACCAGUGUCAUAUAGUGUUCCACAAGAUAACAGUCUUUAUUACACGAUGGGGUUUCUGAUUUUAGGGCUUGUUUGGGCUGUUUUUGUACUUUUGAGAAAUGAUAUGAGGCCUAAUAGAAUGUUGGGAACAGGUCUUGUUGGGAUUUAUUUGGUUUUUUUGUUUGUAAGGUUGACUGGUGCAAUGGGGAUUGUAUCAUUGGCUGGUUUAAGUAAAUUGUAGACAUUAACAAUCACAUGUGUUUGAAUGAUUUCUGUUGCACAGUUUGUAAUGUAGAUUGUAGUAUAGAAUUCGGACAUAAUUUUGGGUA